AACAGAGGGUCAGGCAGCCAUGGCAAGCUUUUUCAAUAUCACAUGUCGUCCAUUCUUGUCUUCAAGAACCUCACUUUCUCCCUCUCCACCACCUCCUCACAUUGCCCAACUAACCCAAUUCAAGGGUUGGUGUUGGAAAGUGAAGCGCAUGUCAUCUUCAGGGCCAAGUCAAGAGACUGAAUCAGAACCACCUGAAACGACACGAUCUCCAUCAAAUCCAGCUUCUUUAUUGUCUUCUUCAAGCGUUUCAAGUUAUAAUUGGUGUGCAGGUCUUGGUGGUGUUGGGUUUCUUGAAACUGCAUAUUUAACAUUCCUCAAGCUCACAAAUUCUGAUGUUUUUUGCCCAAUUGGUGGUGGCAGCUGUGGUGAUGUGCUUAGCAGUGAUUACGCAGUGGUUUUUGGUGUUCCUCUUCCACUGAUUGGAAUGGUAUCAUAUGGUCUAGUGGUCGCACUUGGUUUACAGUUGCCUGGAAAGAAGUUGCCUUUUGGUAUUGAGGAGUCUAAUGGUCGCUUGCUUUUACUUGGGUGCACUACCUCAAUGGCAGUUGCUAGUGGAUAUUUUUUGUACAUUUUAAGCACAAGGCUUUCAGGGGCAUCUUGUUCAUACUGUUUAUUGUCAGCUUUCUUGUCAUUCAGCUUGUUUUUCAUCACUUUAAAGGAUUUUGGUUUGGAAGAGAUACAAAAGUUUUUGGGUUUACAACUAUGUAUUGCAAGCUUGGUGAUUUUUUCGUUGAACACCUCAUAUGCGACUUCUCGACCUGCCAGUUCAAGUCUGGCUGAUAUUGACCUGGAAUAUGUUGCAACUGAGGUAACAACACCUUCAAGUCCUUUUGCUAUUUCUCUUGCAAGACAUCUACAAUCUAUAGGAGCUAAAAUGUAUGGAGCUUUCUGGUGUUCACAUUGCCUAGAACAAAAACAGAUGUUUGGGAAGGAGGCAGCAGAACUGUUGAACUAUGUGGAAUGCUUCCCUAAUGGAUUUAGGAAAGGAACUAAAAUGAUCAAGGCGUGUGCAGAUGCUAAACUUGAAGGAUUUCCAACUUGGGUGAUUAAUGGUCAGGUUUUGAGUGGAGAUCAAGAAUUGUCAGAGCUUGCAGAGGUAUCUGGGUUCAACUUUGAGGAAUCCAAUCAACCAAGUUAG